AUGUUUAUAACAGUUCAUCAAACACCAAAUCAGACUUUGAGUUCACUGGAGACGACAAAUCAGACUGUACUUUAUUAAUCCACAAUGUACAGUUUAAUUAUUCUGGAGUCUAUAAAUUCAGAUUUAUAACUGAUGUGACUGGUGGCAUGUGGACAGGAGACCCUGGAGUUACUCUACAAGUUACAGAUUUAAAGGUGUCACUAAUCAGACUCAGUGGAAACGGAACCUUUAAACCAGGAGACUCGUUAAAUCUGACGUGUGAUGUGACCUGCACACAAAGUUCCUCACAGUUUGUGUGGUCUAAGAACAACGAGCUCUUACCUGAAUCAGGAGCCGUUCUUCACUUUCCUGCUCUGACCCUGAGGGAUUCUGGGAAAUACACCUGCACUUGGAAAACCAGCACCACAUCAGGAUCUAAAACCAUCAGCCUUCCGGUCGAGGCAGAUAAAAAUACUAAACCUUCAUCAAAAUGGAUGAUUGCUUUGGUGACUGCUGGACUGAUUUUCAUCAUCUUAACUGUUCCAGCUGUGAUUUACAGCAGGAGGAGGAAACUUAAAGCUCCAGAGGAAAAUGAGGGGGAAAGUGAAGAGAAAACAGAGAUAAAACAACACUUACGACACGUCUCUGAAGUUCAAGAAGAAGAAGUGUUAAACAAAGAGGAAGUGACUUAUGCGUCUGUCCAAAAAAACAAAGCAACAACCAAAAGUUCAAAGGUCACAGCACAGCUAAACCAACUUCCACUGUCUGAUGAAGAAGUUGUAGAUGAAGGAGGAGUGACGUAUGUAUCAGUUUGCAUCAAACACAAGAAAAAACAAACGUAUAAAAUCCAGGGAGAGUUUGAUCUUUUUGCCACCUCCUGA